AUGUGCCUUACCUCGGAGCUUGUUUUUCAUAGUGUCUUGGACCGUACCAUUGUGAGUUUCCUUCAGACCAACAGGGGUUAUGUGGACCGUACCAUUGUGAGUUUCCUUCAGACCAACCGGGGUUAUGUGGACCGUACCAUUGUGAGUUUCCUUCAGACCAACAGGGGUUAUGUGGACCGUACCAUUGUGAGUUUCCUUCAGACCAACAGGGGUUAUGUGGACCGUACCAUUGUGAGUUUCCUUCAGACCAACAGGGGUUAUGUGGACCGUACCAUUGUGAGUUUCCUUCAGACCAACAGGGGUUAUGUGGACCGUACCAUUGUGAGUUUCCUUCAGACCAACAGGGGUUAUGUGGACCGUACCAUUGUGAGUUUCCUUCAGACCAACAGGGGUUAUGUGGACCGUACCAUUGUGAGUUUCCUUCAGACCAACAGGGGUUAUGUGGACCGUACCAUUGUGAGUUUCCUUCAGACCAACAGGGGUUAUGUGGACCGUACCAUUGUGAGUUUCCUUCAGACCAACAGGGGUUAUGUGGACCGUACCAUUGUGGGUUCUGUGCCAUUGGAACAGCAGCCGUUGGAACAGCAGCCAUUGGAGCAGCAGCCAUUGGAACAGCAGCCAUUGGAGCAGCAGCCAUUGGAACAGCAGCCGUUGGAACAGCAGCCGUUGGAACAGCAGCCAUUGGGACAGCAGCCGUUGGAGCAGCAGCCAUUGGAACAGCAGCCGUUGGAGCAGCAGCCAUUGGAGCAGCAGCCAUUGGAACAGCAGCCGUUGAAGCAGCAGCCAUUGGAACAGCAGCCAUUGGAGCAGCAGCCGUUGGAACAGCAGCCAUUGGAACAGCAGCCAUUGGAGCAGCAGCCAUUGGAACAGCAGCCGUUGAAGCAGCAGCCGUUGGAACAGCAGCCGUUGGAGCAGCAGCAAUUGGAACAGCAGCCAUUGGAGCAGCAGCCGUUGAAGCAGCAGCCAUGGGAACAGCAGCCGUUGGAGCAGCAGCCAUUGGAACAGCAGCCGUUGGAGCAGCAGCAAUUGGAACGGCAGCCGUUGGAGCAGCAGCCGUUGGAACAGCAGCCGUUGGAACAGCAGCCGUUGGAACAGCAGCCAUUGGAGCAGCAGCCAUUGGAACAGCAGCCAUUGGAGCAGCAGCCAUUGGAACAGCAGCCAUUGGAGCAGCAGCCGUUGGAACAGCAGCCGUUGAAGCAGCAGCCAUUGGAACAGCAGCCGUUGGAGCAGCAGCCGUUGGAACAGCAGCCAUUGGAACAGCAGCCGUUGGAACAGCAGCCAUUGGAACACUACAGGACAAGCUUGCAUGUACUACACACGGUAGAAUAACCACUAAGACAGACUUGGAUG